GCCUUGAACGCUCAGCGCUUAUUACUGAGAGACAACUCACACCAGUUUAUCUCAGAGCAAACAUUUACUCUGAUUGGAGGUAUAAACUGAAGACCGUUUCGGGACUACGCUCAGAAAAUAAUCAUAUGCAGUAAAUAUCGAUGUGCGCAUCACAUGCACCAUCAAUUUUUUGCACACCGGCUGUUUGUGUUUUCUUUUCCAUCAGAGGAGGAAUGUUUCUGCUCCAGUUAACUGAAACGUAUAUUCUGACCCCCACAAUGGGCCGACCUUAGUCAGGACAAACGAGCACAGCAUAGUUCCUCGCUUUCUUUUUUCUCGAGUUAUUCAUAUGACUCACUCUGCUGCAAUCCAGUAUUCACACAAUAGUCCUUCAGUAUGUUAUUGAGUGCAAACGCUCCUGCUGUAACUCUUUUAGGAGUGUAAAUGCGGGAAAGUGUGAUCUCCGAGGAUGUGCGAGUCAUCAAGCGGGAGUUAUGGAGGCUCCACAAGCUCCUGACGGAUCUCCCUGAUGAUAUGCUGGAUGACAGUGCUGACUGCUCCUCUCCAGAGCUCAACCACUCCACCUGCAGUCAUCCAGAAGACAACAACAGACCACAACAGGCCUGGAAUGUGCCGCAGUGGGAGCAUUCAAGACCUUCCCAUGAGGAACACUAUGAGGAGUACGCUGAAGGCUCUUAUCAUGAGGACUACAGCUAUAGGAGUCACACGUCUCAGGCAAACACUCACCCUCAUCACCUCCAGCCCGGGACAGAGAAUGCACCCUCAGCCUGGGACCCACAUAAUGACCAGAGCUACCAGUACCACAGUGGAGACUACGCACACUCAUCUGCAGGGACGGAUGGGUCUCACGCCAAUGACUUCUCCACUGAAGAGCAGAGCUCAUUCCCCCAUAAUGCUCUUCAGCAUCAGCCAGGCUAUCAUGAAGAAGAGGCCCAGGGUCAUGGAGAGCAGAUCAGCAUCACAAACCACAUUCAGGUUUUUAAUAAUGGAGCAGCUGUGAACAAACCAACUGACCACUUUAAGGCCACUUACCAGCCACAUCAACCUUCAAACCAGCCCAAGAUGUUCAAUCCUCAAGUGAACAAUCAGAAUGGCCGCUUUGAUCAGCUUCAGAGGGACUUCCUGGACUCGACACAGAAUACAGCAGAUGGUCAGCAGCUGGCGCAGCUACAGAUUUUAAAGCAAGCUCAAUCCAGACAGAUCGACGAGCUGGAGCAGAAACUGGAGGACUGCCGGAGGAGGAUGAGAUAUGUGGAGCAUCAGUUCGCCAUCGUCAAAGAUGAGAAAGACGGGCUGGCAGUUUCUCUGAAGGAGUCCAGCACACUGGUGGAAGAGGCGAAAGAAAGAGAAGCUCAGCUGCAGGCCAGAAUCAGAGCUCUGGAGAAACAGAUUCAGUCUCUCACAGACAGAGAGCAAGAGAUAGUGAAGCAGCAGCGUGUGGCUGAGGCAGCGAUGGACAGCAUGAAGCUGCAGAUGGUGGAGUUGUGCCGCUCGGACACACUCACUCGAGCACGAGAGCAGCACGACAGAGACACGGCCGCCAUCCGGGAGCAGUAUGAAGCUCGACUGCUCACCCUGCAGCAGAAACUGGAUUCCCAGUCGGAGAGUCUAGACAAGCAGGCUGAGGCAGGUCAGCGGCUGCUGGAUCAGGUCCGUCAGCUGGAGCGUCAGAGGGAAGAGGAUCAGAUGGACAGAGCCUCGGUCAUCAACACCCUCACGCACCGCCUGGAGGAGAGCCAGCAGCAGUGUGCCAAACUGCUCCACACUGGCUCUGUGCAGGAGAUGAGCCAGUUACAGAUGAAGCUCCAGCAGGUCCAGUCCGCUCGCACCAUCAGUGAAGACAUCAGCAAAGCCCUGCAGGAUGAACUGAGCGAACUGAAAGAGCAGAUCAAUCUGUAUGAGUCGGCCAUUAAAUGCGGAGCCCUGGAGUCUAACGGAGACUGGGAGAACCAGCUGUCUGAGUCCUACAUGGAUCUGGGGAUCAAGAAGUCCAAGUGGAGAAAUGGACGAAUCCACAGCACACCUCAUAUUUCAGACUCGAACUUGAAGGAGGACGUGGUGCGCGAGCUGAAGAAUGAGCUGCAGCGAUGCUUGAGUCACUUGAAGAGCAAACGGCUGAAGAUCUCCGAGCUGCAGGAGGAACUGAGACGCUCACAAAGCAGAAUUGAGACACUGGAGACACGCAUACAGCAGGCUGACAGGACCAUACGGGACUCUCAGGUGAGGGAGAGCAGUUUGGAGAAACAGCUGGAGGAGUCUCAAGUCACAGCUGGCCCUCAGGAAGAACUCAGCAGACUGCAGGAGAGACUGGAGGUUCUGGAGAAGAGGAAUCAGGAGCUGAAGCAAAGUGAAGACAAACUAAAAGCAGUGAACUCUGAACUCUGCACCAAGAUGAGGGAGAUGAUCCAGGAGCUGGACCAGGAGAAACAGGAGGCAGCAGAGAGGAAUGAGAGGACUCAGCAGCAGUUCAGAGAUGAUGUGGUGAACGGUGUCCGUGAGCAGCUCACACAGGAACACACAGCUCACAUCCAGCAGCUCAGCAGCCAACAUCAACAACAAAUCCAACAGCUCCAGUCAAAGCUGACGGAUCUCAGUCAGGAAGUGUUAGCGGUACAGGAAUGCUACCUUGCGGUUUGCAAAGAGAAGGACAAGUUGGAGGAAAAUCUCCACAACAAACUUGAAGAAGAGAGGACAUCGAAAGAAAAGGAGCGGCUUCAGAAGUCUGAGGAGGAGGAGGUGAGGAAGGCCAGGCAGUUGGACACUUGUGAGGGAGCGUGCCAGACCAGUUCCUCUGAGACGGCGGGUCGGCUGAUUUCAGAGGAGGAGCUGGAGGUCCAACUUGGUGCUCAGAGAGACACGCUGCUGCGAGAGGCUGCGGCAGCACAAAGCAGAGCCGUGGAGGAGGCUGUGCGGCAUGCGGAGAGAGAGAUGCUGGAGAAACACACUGAGGACAUCACAACUCAGGUCGAAGGUGCGAUAUCGAGGGCUCGUUCUCGAUGGCUCCAGGACUUGACUUCCCUUCCAGAAUACAAAAGCAGCCUGCAGACAGAGAAGGCUGAAUGGGAGAGACUUCAACAGCAGCACGUCCAGGAACAGGUCUCUUCAGCGGUGAAGUCAGCGGAGGAGCGGUGGCAGGACACACUCCGCUCUAAAUGCAGUGAGCUGGAGGAUGGAAACAGGAGAUUAGAGGAGCUCCAGGAAGAAGUUCUGACCCUCAGUGCUGAGCUGGAGCGCUCGAGUCAGGAGCGGGACGCCCUCGUCAAAGCAGAGCUGGCUGCAGCCCGAGACGCCUGGAUCAGGGACAAGCAGGAGGACAUGUCCCGCCUCAGGGUGCAGCUCCAGAGAGAGCACAAGCACAAACUACAAGCUGUCCUGGAGCAGAACCUGGAGCAAACUGGCAAGCAGAGAGAGACGGAGCUGCAGAGAGUCAUCAGAGAGAAGGAGCAGGAGUGGAGCGGCGAACAGGAGAGCAGACUGCAAGAGGAGAGGCAGAAGCUGCUGGAGGAGCUGCUACAGGACCUGAAGGAGGCGCUGCAGGAGGGAGAGGAGAGGAGAGAGAGUCCUGAGGAUACAGAAACCACCAGAUCCAGAGUCUGGGAGAUCUGCAGACAAUCACUCAGCCAGGCCAAGCAGGAGUGGGAGAAGAGCAGUGAAGAUAAGCUGAGACGUGUGCUGAAGGAAGCCCAGGAGCGUCACGAGGCAGAGAUCGCAGGUCUGAGGAAGCAGAGUGAAUGUGGAUCUCCUGCAUGUGCUGAGGCUCUUUCCAAACUCCAGAAGAAGAACCAAGAUCUCCAGCGGCAUCUGGAAAAGGCCUGUCGUCAGCUGCAGAGGAGCGUACGAGAACACAAAAACACCCUGCAGAGAAUAAAAGAUGAGCACGAGGCAGCGCUGCAGAAGGAGCAGCAGCGUCAUCUUAAAGCUCUCGAGGAACUGAAACAAACCUCAAAUGCUGAAGCACUUACAAGUGGUUCAGUCGGCCAGCAGAAUCUUCAAGCAGGUCUUGAGGAAAUGAAGGAGCAGUACAUGAAGGCAGUGGAGAAAAUCAAAGGAGACAUGCUGCGUUACCUGCAGGAGAGUAAGGAGCGUGCGGCAGAGCUGAUCAAGACUGAGGUCCUGAAGGAGAGGCAGGACACGGCCCGGCGAAUGCGCAGGUAUUACCUCACCUGCCUGCAGGAGCUGCUGGAGGACGGAGGACAGAGCGCAGGAGCAGAGAAGAAAAUCAUCAACGCUGCUAGUAAACUGGCCGCCAUGGCUAAAGUCCUGGAGACCCCGGUGGCCAAACGCAAGCAUCCGAGAAUGCAGAACGCUUAUGGUGGAUCAGACAAAACAGACCCUGAAACCUGUGAUUCUCCUGCUAAAAUGCUGGGUGCUGUCUCAAACGGAGCUGAAGCACUCAAAAAUGGUAAGGACAAGCAGAUCCAUCAGAUCUACAAUCAAACCUACACAUCCUUGAUGUCAAAGCAAAGAGCUAUCAAACCAAAAGCCUUCGAAACAGAUUCCCUGAAGCCUCCAGUAGCGUCUAAAGAUCCUUUCACUGCUGGUCAGGUAACUCAGAAACACACACACUUUGCUCAUGAUUGUGUUUUUGACAGCGAUAUCAAGACUCCUAAUGUCACUCUGAGAAAACAGAGCAGGGAAAUGUGCAUGGGUGGUGGCUUUGAGUCUGGAAGAGCAGAACUAUUAGCCAAUCGACCUUUUUUAAUUGAAGAAGCUCCCGUUCGGGAUGACGGACAGAGUGAUUGGAGUUUAACCAGUAACAGCUCCAGUGUUCACCUGACGUCCUCUUAUCCCGGGUCUGAGAAGCCUUUGUUGGUGAAUUCAAUAGGCGGUUUGGACUUUGAACGCUCCAUCGGCGAUAACUCUGAUGUUACGAUAUACAAGGAGAUCAUUCAACCGCAGUCUUACUCUAAACCCAAUGUGUUUGUGGACAGAAGAACAAAUAAACACAGAGAGCCGAUCCCGGGAUCAGAAGGACACGGUGUCCGGAAAAUGUGUCCAAAGAGCUUGUUUUCCGAGUUGAAAGUGCAUCAGCAGGACAGCGGGUUCGACAGCCCGUUGGCACUGCUUCAGAAAUAAAUAAUGAACAUAAAAGAGUUGUGUUCUCGGUUUAUGGUCUGCAGUGUUCGUCUUUUGUACCGUCUGUGCAUGGAUUUGUUACUUUUUAACUUAAUAAAACGACCUAGUUUUACAUUAA